AUGGCUCUUCAACGUCUCGCAGCCAUCCUGGCUGUCGCUGCUCUGGGUGUUACUGUCAAUGCCAGUCCAUGCAAACCUCACUCUUCAGCCGCUUUAUCUUCAACUGUCAGUCUGGGGUCUACCACAGCACCCCAGGAGACUGCUUCUUCCACCAUCACCGCCGAUGUCACUGAUACCACUGAUGUUCUCGAUACUACCAUCACCGAGACCGCGGCAUCUACAGACACAACUGGCAUCCUGGAAACCACCAUCACUGAAUCCACAGUUUCUACUGGUACUACUGAUGUUUUCGAAACCACCAUCACUGAGACUGCGACUGAUACCGCGACUACCGAUGCUGCGGCCACUGUCGAGCCAAACACCACUACCGACGAUGUCACAACCUUUCUGACCAGCGCUGUCGCUACUGAGGAGCCCACCUCUGCUGAGCCUACUACUACAACCGCCGCUGUACAGCCACCUGUCUGUGUAGAAACCCAGGUUCUCGUCAACCCUAGCUUCGAUGACAACAGCAACGCCUCGCCUUGGAUUCUCGGCGAUGGUGUCACUGUUUCUCAAAUAAACCCUCGUUCAGCUCCAAACUUCAUAUACAACACUGUCGACCAAAAUAGAAAGACCUCCACCAUCUCUCAAAGUUUCGAGGGCAUCACCGGAUUCACCUACCGCCUCGAAUACUACUUUAAUAUGCAAACGGCCAUCAAUGGACGCAGCUUUAGCUGUUCUGUUACACCCAAUAUUAAUGGUCGACAACUUCCUAGCAGCGAAAUAUUGACUGCCAGCGGUCCCUAUGGUUUCAGAUAUUACCAAACAUACUUUGAUUGGGAGAGUUCUGGUGCAUUGACGCUUGCCAUCACCGUUGAGUGCAGUGGUAGUUUCAACGUGAUCAUUAUUGGCUUGGAUGAUGUGGCCCUUACAAAGGUGUGCUUCCGCGCUGAGUGA